AUGCUGGCUGCAGCGACCAAGACGACCAAGACGACCAAGACGACCAAGGCCGAGACUGAGGUCAAAGCCAAGACCAAGACCAAGACCAAGGAGACCGACCCGGACACGGUCCAGGCAAAGGCACCCACCAAGGCGUCCAGUCGAUCAAGAGUGUCCACGACCAAGAGCGAGGCUACCCCGAGCCCGGCGGUGACAGGGACGGACGGGGACGGGGCGCAUGUGCAAUCCGGAGCGAGCCAAGCGAGCCAAGCUGCUGCUGCUGCUGCAAGCACACUGCCACCUGGGAAGGCUCCGCCAUUCAAUCCACUGGCAACGCUCAUGUUUGACAGUCGACAGCGCGCCCUUGCACGAAAGCAUCCCCUGGAUACAAUCAGAUCGCCACUGGUAGCAGAGAUGCUGGUGAACAUGCUCGGGGAUGUUCGUGGCAAGACCUUUGUUGAUGUCAAUUGUGGUGUCGGGCUUGUUAGCCGACUUUUGCUCAAUAAGGGGGCAGCCCAUGUGCUUGGCACCAACCAAUCGAGUGGAGUGAUGGGGCACUACAUGGAGCUGGCGGAGAGAUCCAACCACCGAUUCGCGCUUUGGCAAACGAGCUGGCCACGGGAUUUGGACACUCCCAUCCUACCAGAGCGACUCUGGAACGCACCCAAACGCUCUUGGGAUGAGGAGCCGUCCGUGGAAGUCGUUGGAGGAGGGGGGCGAUGGGCGCCAGUUAAACUGCUGGAAGACUUGAUUGCUCGUCGCGGCAUUUUUCACUUUGGCCGGAUUCCGUUUACCGUUCUCGCGAAUGUCCGCAAGUUUGCCUGCACCCUAACUGCAGCGCGGCCCGACGGGACCGUGGCGCCCGUGACAGACUCGACCAUUGUCGGGUCGCACAGCUAUAUCGACAUUACUUAUAUGCUAUUAUUCGAAGCAACCAGCAUCAUUUAUCCACGUACGCUCCCGCCAGCACCAGGAUGCCUCAUUCGGCUCGUUCCGAGAUCCAUCAGCUUGCUACGCACGAUUGACCACUUCACGAUCCUUCGCGAGCUCUGCCUACGACUCGGUCGGCAAUCAGUACAGCGCGGUAUUCGACAACUGGGUCCUGGCCAUGACAUUGAUUUGAUCAAGCUGGGCAUUCCGCCGUCGCAUUGGGUCGAGACUGACCUCGAUGACGUCGAAGAACCCCAAGACAAUCAGGACAAUGAACAAUAA